AUGAAGGGUGAGAGCGACAUGUCUGAGUGUUUUCAAUGCUCAGAUAUUGCUAGAGCCCCGGAUGACUCGACAAAGUCUGAGGUUCCAACGAGGACCAACAUCAGAGCCUCGAAGCCGACAUUGUCGAGUCUAGCUCGAAGAAAGGAUCCCCGAGUAAGAAGCCUAACAGCGAUACCGUCAACUUCAGCGAGUCCAACUAUGGAGUCUCUAGCACCCACGCCAUCACACAAAUCCUUUCUUCCACAUUGGAGCUACAAGAAAAGCUCCAUCGCGGCUGCAACAGUGAUCACAGUCAUCGCCGCAGUCGGCCUUGUUGUACUGAUAGUCCUUCUCAUAAGGAGACUUCGACAAUCCUGGAAGCGUUACAGAAAGCGAAAACGAGAAUAUGUGAAAUCGAAGUACUAUGCAAUCUCCCCCCUCGACGAUAACAUCGGGGCUUACACUUUUGCGACGCCAGAAAGUAGGAUGAGCCGUGAAACGUUGAUGUUCGGUAGGAGUCGAUCGAAUUCGAUGACCUAUGUCGUUGAGGAAGCGAUAGACAAGGGGGCUGUAACACGAGUGAUUUGUGCAAGCAAAAAUGCUCUUCUAGCUUCGCCUCUGGAUUUCAUCUCCGCUUCGGGGCGCUCGGAAGUGGACCAGGAGGAUGUCUCUGGGCCAGACAUCUUGAAGGAGCCGGGACGUGCUGGUUUCGUCCCGAGGCGAGUGGUCAUCAUCUCACCUUCCCUGAGCCCUGUGGAAUCUAUAACUGCUUGCGAGGUCGGAAGAAAGUCAUGGUCGAGACCAAAUGAGCAGGUUGCGCUGCGUGAGUUGCAGAAGAUCCCGCCCAGUCCUGUGAAACAACAGAAGGAAGUCCGACCAGCGUCCUCCAGCAAGACUCCAGAUACGGAUAUGAACAACCUCUUUCGCUUGCCGUCUAUUGAGCGAAGCACAUCACCUCUAUUCAGUUUCUAA